CUUCCUUUCCAUCCUGUCUUCUUUACAGUAACAUCGACUUCUCGAUCAAUCACACUCUUUAUUACUCUCAAAUCAAUUCUAUUCAGCACUCAAUUACACCAAAUCUCAGAGGAAAUUUCACUCUUUUGCAUUCUCGAUAGAGAGUCUGUCGCAUUCCCUGUGGACAUCAAUCCCCAGAAGACUAUCGACCAUCUCAAGACUUUUUCUGGCUUUGCUCAAAUCUCUGGUAAGAUGUCUUCUCGAUUGUUUGUAAAUUUAGCACCUGAGUAUCAUAUCAGGCCUAUUCCAGGGGUUGAAGGAUCUAUUACUCGAACGAUCGUCAAUCAACGGAAAAGGAAACGAUUUGAAGAUCUAGAGGAUUUUAAAGCAAGGGGUACCAAAGAGUACAAGUCAAUUAUAUUUUGACCGAAAGACACAGACUGAGCUAGGAGCCUGCUUGAACAUUGUCUGAUACAAUAAAUAGUAAAAUG